GUGCCGGGCGGGGAACGGCGCGAGCCGGGCGCUGGGAACGUUCGUCGCGGGGGCGGCUCCGGGGCCUGAGCGGGCGCCGCAGCCGCCUCAGUUGAGGGGGCCGGGCCGAACGAGGCGGAGGAGGCUGCGGCUACUGGAGACCUUCCCCACGCCCCCAGCUCUCCCCGGGAAGCGAGCCAGUUUUCGGCAGACACAACAUUCUUUGUUUGUAUAUGGUGCUGAGGAUUGAACCCGGGCCGCAUGCAUGCCAGGAUGAUUGAGGAAGGUGGGAACAAGCGGAAGACCGUGGCAGAGAAGAGGCAGCUGUUCAUAGAAAUGCGUGCACAGAAUUUUGAUGUCAUACGAUUAUCAACUUACAGAACAGCUUGCAAAUUACGCUUUGUACAGAAACGAUGCAACCUUCAUCUGGUUGAUAUCUGGAACAUGAUUGAAGCCUUUCGAGACAAUGGCCUUAAUACACUGGACCAUAGCACCGAGAUGAGUGUGUCCCGCCUCGAAACCGUCAUCUCAUCCAUCUACUAUCAGUUGAAUAAGCGCCUUCCUUCUACUCACCAAAUCAGUGUGGAACAGUCCAUCAGCCUCCUCCUCAACUUUAUGAUUGCCGCUUAUGACAGUGAGGGCCGAGGCAAGUUGACCGUAUUUUCAGUUAAAGCUAUGUUAGCAACCAUGUGUGGUGGAAAAAUGCUGGACAAAUUGAGAUAUAUUUUCUCCCAGAUGUCAGAUUCCAAUGGCUUAAUGAUAUUUAGCAAGUUUGACCAGUUUCUGAAGGAAGUUCUGAAGCUCCCAACAGCUGUCUUUGAAGGGCCAUCUUUUGGGUACACAGAACACUCAGUCCGCACCUGUUUUCCACAGCAGAAAAAGAUAAUGCUAAAUAUGUUUUUAGACACAAUGAUGGCAGACCCUCCCCCACAGUGCCUUGUUUGGCUACCUCUCAUGCACAGGCUUGCCCAUGUCGAGAAUGUCUUCCAUCCUGUGGAGUGUUCCUACUGCCGCUGCGAGAGCAUGAUGGGCUUCCGCUACCGAUGCCAGCAGUGCCACAACUACCAGCUCUGCCAGAACUGCUUUUGGCGUGGCCAUGCCAGCGGCCCGCACAGCAACCAGCACCAGAUGAAGGAGCAUUCCUCUUGGAAAUCCCCUGCAAAGAAGCUGAGCCAUGCAAUUAGUAAAUCUUUGGGGUGUGUGCCCUCCAGAGAACCCCCACAUCCUGUUUUUCCUGAGCAACCAGAGAAACCACUUGACCUUGCACAUAUAGUCCCUCCUCGCCCUCUGACCAAUAUGAAUGACACCAUGGUUAGCCACAUGUCCUCUGGAGUGCCCACCCCCACCAAGAGGUUUCAGUAUAGCCAGGAUAUACCCAGCUCGCUGGCCGAUGAGCAUGCGCUGAUAGCCUCCUAUGUGGCCCGUCUGCAGCACUGUGCACGUGUCCUGGAAAGUCCUAGCCGGCUGGAUGAGGAGCACCGACUCAUAGCCCGCUAUGCUGCCCGACUGGCUGCAGAAGCAGGAAACACGACUCGUCCUCCUGCUGAUGUGAGCUUUAACUUUGAUGCCAACAAACAGCAGAGACAACUUAUUGCAGAACUGGAAAACAAGAACAGAGAGAUCCUGCAAGAGAUCCAGCGUCUCCGUCUGGAGCACGAGCAGGCUUCCCAGCCCACUCCUGAGAAGGCCCAGCAGAACCCCACGUUGCUGGCUGAGCUGCGGUUGCUGAGGCAAAGGAAAGACGAGCUGGAGCAGAGGAUGUCGGCACUACAGGAAAGCAGGCGGGAGCUCAUGGUCCAGCUGGAGGGGCUGAUGAAGCUGCUGAAGGAAGAAGAGCAAAAGCAGGCAGCUCAGGCCACAGGAUCGCCACAUACAUCGCCCACUCACGCAGGCAGCCGUCCCAUGCCCAUGCCUGUCCGUUCUGCAUCUGCCGGGUCCACCCCCACCCAUGGCCCACAGGACUCUCUGAGCGGGGUUGGGGGAGACGUGCAGGAGGCCUUCGCCCAAGGUUCGAGGAGAAACCUCCGCAAUGACCUGCUGGUGGCUGCUGACUCCAUCACCAACACCAUGUCAUCCCUGGUGAAGGAGCUCCAUUCAGGACCGUGCAGAAUCUUCACCCAGUGCACCUCCCUCCCACACGUGGUCACAGCGGGACAGUCACACGUUUAGGUUUAUCCUAAGAUACCUGGUGAAGCAAGGGUAGUUCUCAAUUUAAAGAAAUUCAGCUCUUAGUGCAGCCAGCCCCCCACCCCACCCCACCCCACUGCUCUCCUACGUGCACCUUUGUCCACAGCAGCUCUUUCCCUAGGCCCUGUCGCCAGCUCCUCCUGAACCUGUCCUGAUGUCGGCAGCCAAGGCAGCCACUAGCGCUGGGCCCUCCAGCUGCCUUUCUGCUCUCUUACUUGAUUUUGAAACCCUUUCCUCUC